AACCGGACCACACGUAAUACUGGAUUCUCAACGGAACCCAGAAUAUAAACCAACCGGCAAGGCGGCGACGGGGACAGAAGAUGACGCGGGCACCAAUUUAACGGUCUGCAAGUCAUCUUUUAGAUUAAAAGCUGAAUCAAAUUGUUCUCAAAAAGCGCUAAUCGAUCUACCAACUAUAAAGUUUGCGGAAGAGGAAGAAAGGCACCAGAAAUCCGAAGUACUCCACCGCCAGCCAUGGGGAAGAAACAGCACAGCAAAGAUCGAAUGUUCAUAACGAAGACAGAGUGGGCAACCGAGUGGGGCGGCGCCAAAUCUAAAGAGUCGGGGACCCCCUUCAAGCGCCUCCCUUUUUAUUGCUGCGCGCUAACUUUUACGCCAUUCGAAGACCCUGUUUGCACAGCUGAUGGCACUGUUUUCGAUGUUAUGAAUAUAAUUCCUUACAUUAGAAAGUUUGGGAAGCAUCCAGCUACUGGGGCUCAGCUUAAGCAGGAGGACUUGAUAGCUCUUACCUUUCACAAGAAUUCCGAAGGAGAGUAUCAUUGCCCUGUGUUGAACAAGGUUUUCACGGAGUUCACACAUAUAGUUGCUGUGAAGACUACAGGAAAUGUGUUCUGUUACGAGGCAAUCAAAGAACUAAACAUUAAAACUAAGAACUGGAAGGAGCUUCUCACUGAUGAACCAUUCACCAGGGAAGACAUUAUAACCAUUCAGAACCCUAAUGCACUUGAUAGCAAGGUUCUCUUGGAUUUUGAUCACGUCAAGAAAAAUUUAAAGGUUGAUGAUGAAGAACUAAAGAAAAUGGAGUCUGAUCCAACUUACAACAUAAAUGUUAGUGGGGAUAUUAAGCAAAUGCUUAAGGAACUUGGCACUGAAAGAGGAAAGGAGAUUGCAUUACAUGGUGGAGGUGGAAACAAGGCACAAAAUGAAAGAGCUGUCGCUCUUGCUGCCAUUUUAGCUGCAAGAUCACGUAUCAAGGAGGACACAGAAUCAAAGAGCGGUGAGAAGCCCAAGCAGGCAUUCAGUAUAGUAGAUGCUGCCUCUGCUGCUGUUCAUGGAAGAAGUGCCAAUUCUGCGAAGUCUGAUUCUAGUGAUAAAACGGCUGCACGGAUAGCCAUGCACAUGGCUGGUGAGAGGACAGCAGUAAAUGCAAAGCUGGUUAAAAGUCGUUUCACAACUGGUGCCGCUUCAAGAUCUUUUACUUCUACAUCUUUUGACCCCGUCACGAAAAAUGAAUAUGAAUACAUUAAGGUUGAGAAAAAUCCAAAGAAGAAAGGCUAUAUUCGGCUGCAGACGUCCCAUGGUGAUCUGAACAUUGAACUACAUUGCGAUAUUACCCCAAGGACAUGUGAAAACUUCCUCACUCUUUGUGAACGUGGUUAUUAUAAUGGAGUUGCUUUUCAUAGAAACAUAAGGAACUUCAUGAUUCAAGGCGGGGAUCCAACUGGGACUGGAAGAGGAGGUGAGUCAAUAUGGGGGAAGUCCUUCAAAGAUGAACUAAACUCUAAGUUACUUCAUUCUGGAAGGGGCAUUGUUAGCAUGGCAAACUCUGGUCCUCACACUAACGGCUCUCAGUUCUUCAUACUGUACAAAUCCGCCAAUCAUUUAAACUUCAAGCACACAGUUUUUGGUAUGGUUGUUGGAGGAUUGACAACACUUUCAGCAAUGGAGAAAGUCCCUGUUGAUGAUGACGACCGACCUUUGGAAGAGAUUAAGAUUAUCAGUGUAGAUGUCUAUGUCAAUCCGUAUACUGAACUUGAUGAAGAGGAGGAAAAGGAGAAGGAGAAGGCCAAUGGUGAGAAGGAUGCUGAGGAUGAAGAAAAUGAUAAGAUUGGUUCAUGGUACAGCAAUCCAGUUACAGGAUCAACAGAGACUCCUGCUGUGGGUGAUGGCGUUGGAAAAUAUUUGCAAGCAAGGAUUAGCCAGGUUUCAUCUACCACUGCUCUUGACAGUGAUAUGCCGGCAGGCUCAACAAUAAAGAAAAGAAAAUUAGGCAUGCCAACUGGAGAACUUAAAGAUUUUUCUGCUUGGUAAGAUUUUCAAUUAUCCCGUAUCACUUGCAGAUUUAUACUGCGACUGGUUUAGCCAAACAGUGUGUGCAAUUGGGGUAUUGGAUUUUACAGUGGGAAACCAACAUGAAUUGUCCUGUUGUUUCUUUUAAUCUACAAUUGGUCACACCAGGAUUUUUUAGUUGGCUGUGCAGCGUAAAUUAACUUGUAUUUUCUUUCAAUUUGAGAGAAGUUUCUACUUUCUAUAGGAUUUAAUGGUAAUUGACCACUGUGUUUGCGCU